UGAUUUUUGACAGGUUUUGGAAGUUUAAUUUAUAUUUGUUGUUUCGUGAAUUUAUUUUGAAGCAUCCAAAUUUUGUUUGGUUAUUCCUUUAAAAAUACAUUUUAAAUUACAAUAAUGACUAGGGAGAACAUUGAGCUUGGGAACGUUACUCCUCAUAAUAUUAAACAGUUAAAACGCCUCAACAGUGUGGUUUUUCCCGUAUCUUACAAUGAUAAAUUUUACAAAGAUGUCUUGGAGGCCGGAGAGUUGGCAAAAUUAGCAUAUUACAAUGAUAUUGUAGUUGGAGCCGUUUGUUGUAGAAUAGAUACUUCAGAAAAAUCGAAGAGGUUGUACAUCAUGACUCUUGGAUGCUUGUACCCUUAUCGGAGACUUGGAAUUGGUACCCUUAUGGUGCAGCAUGUCCUUAGUUAUGUAGAACAAGAUGGUAACUUCGAUACCAUAUUUUUACACGUUCAGGUAAAUAACGAGGGAGCAAUUGACUUUUAUAAAAAAUUUGGCUUUGAAAUUGUAGAAACAAAGGAGCACUAUUACAAGAGAAUAGAACCGGCUGAUGCUCAUGUUCUGCAAAAGACUCUCCGACGAAAGGGCCAAACUAAUGGUAUCAUCGAAUGAAAUCAGUACGAUUAGCACAAUUCAUCUGUUAUUGUAUUGUAUUUAUACCAUUUUUGUUGAUUUAAUUUUAUCAUCUUUUGUAAAUAAAUAAAAAAUCCAAUCAUCUUUUGAAUACAUCA